ACAUACAACAAAACAAGAACUAAAGCAAAAAGACAUAACAAACUCAGAUAUUAGUUUUAAACAUGGUGGUUGCUAAUGAUAAUGAUCUCUUGACGUCCAAGAUUCUCCCGAGAGUUCUCAUCGUCUCUCGUCGGACUCUACGCAAGAACAAGUUCGUGGACUUUGUGGGAGAGUACCAUCUCGACCUCAUCGUCUCAAACGGCGCCGUUCCCGUCAUCGUGCCACGCGUCAGCGGGAUACAUUCCAUGCUCAAGAGCUUCGAGCCCAUCCACGGCGUCCUCCUCUGCGAAGGAGAAGACGUCGACCCAUCUCUCUACGCCGACGACGCAGAAGAACAACAACAAGGACUCUCUCAGGAGGACAUAGACGAGAUCAGGACGCUGCACGCGAGCGACACGGCCAUCGACAGAGAGAAAGACAGCAUCGAGCUGACUCUAGCCAAGCUCUGUCUCGAGAGAAACAUUCCCUUCUUAGGCAUCUGCCGUGGCUCUCAGAUCCUCAACGUUGCCGCUGGAGGAACUCUUUACCAAGACAUCGACAAGGAGCUAGGGACGGAGACGAAGCACAUAGACUACGACAACUACGACGAGCACAGGCACGAAGCUAGAGUCGUGGAGGAGACUCCCUUGCACGGAUGGUUCGAAGGGAUGGAUCGGAUAAUGGUGAACUCGUAUCACCACCAAGCGGUGAAGAGACUAGGGGAGCGUUUCGUGCCGAUGGCGUACGCUCCUGAUGGUUUGAUAGAAGGGUUCUACGAUCCGAACCGGUACGAUCCGGAGGAAGGUCGGUUCUUGGUGGGUCUGCAGUUUCAUCCCGAGAGGAUGAGGGUGUCUGGAUCAGAUGAGUUUGAUUAUCCGGGAUGCGCUACUGCUUAUCAGGAGUUUGUGAAAGCUGUGACCGCGUUUCAGAAGAAGAGGCAACUUGAUGCAGCAGAGAUGAUGCUGAAGAAUCAUAAGAAGAAGACGCUGGUCAAAAGCUUGUCAAUGGCUGAGCUUCUAGAGGCAAACACGGCUCUAAGCAAGAAGCAAGAGAAUAGGCUGAAGCAGAUGGGAGCGACGGUGAGGAACUCGUGUGUGUAUGUGAAAAGGAAAGAGGUGCAAGAGAGAGCGAUGGACAAGUUGUCCAACGAGCGUUUAUCUGACCUGCUUUCUUUCCACCGUAUGAUGGCUCGUCUUUGCUCAGAUGCCAUCAAGAGGAAGCUGCUGGAACCCACUGAGACAUAGUCUUUUCCUCAGCUAUUUAG